GUGAGACAGACGAGUACUUGGUGUUUCUCAGUGCAGGCAGCUCCUAUGUAGUCAGAGGUAGUAGAGGACCCAUCACUGCAGGGUUGUCAAGUCAUAACCAACAAAGAAGGCACUGUUUUUAGUUACUUCGUGACUUCGUGCCGAAUUCUGUAUAUCAAACGACGUGAUCGGCAUUUCGUUUUUAUAUUUCAAUCUUAUAGUCGCAUUUGCUCCUUUGCCAGUUUUCUUUAUAUUUUGUCAGCGGUUGCGGGACUUUACAAGAACUACUGCUUUGUGCUCGAGCUUUUGGGAGGACGUGUAUGGUCAGGUGCGAUAAAACGACCUCAACAGGAACAUCUAAUGCUGAGUCACAAAUUACCACAAAAAUAGAACCUUACUAACGCAACACAAAAAUACAACGUUAAAACUACCUACAAAAGGCGUUAAUCAUGGUGUGAUUUGAAGUAACUUACAACCGAAGAAACGAUCCUUGUAAUUCUAACUAUAAAUGGCUGGGAGUAGUUCCCGUUAUGUUGCGAAGGUGUUUAUUAUCAGCUGCAUUGGUGUGAUGCUGUGCAGUGGACUGCCAUCCACGAAACCUGCUAAGCAUGUAGAUUCUUCAAGCUGGUUUGAACUUCCCGGUGAAUCUCCGACAGGUAUGGAUCCAGUGAUUGACGGUGCCGUUCAUCCACCAAAGCACAUCAUGAAAAUCAUGAAGAAACUCACAGUCAAUCAUGAGCUUCUGAGAGGCCGUGGAAACACAGUCCGUAGUGUCUUACCAAGACACGAGUUGGCAUGCAGUGAGUUAAUGUAUGUAUUCACAGUGAGACCACAUACAUCAGAGGAUUUUAAAGCAGCUGAGCUUCAAUACUUCGCUUCGAAGCAACUCACUACAAUGGAUUCUAACUCAGUCCUCAGCAUUCAAGUUCAUUUAAUUGAAGACACCCCGACUAGAUGCCGAUUGAUGGGGAUUCAUCGUCAGCCUUCACCAGGUCGUAGAUGGCGCACUUUGGAUAUCACUUCUCACCUUGUCCACAUCAUGAACGCGACAAAAUCAACCACUUCAAAAUUAGUUAUUGGGGUGUCAUUUAAGGUACUCGCCGGGUCACAUAAUACACCACAUGAUCGUGACGUCAUUGAGAGGGUUAUCUCAAAUCAUGCGCGCCCAUUUCUUCUGAUGUACGCGCUUGAAGACGAGAGUAACGAUAAAAACUCUGCACUGCCUUGGGCUAAAGAAGAAGCCAGGAAACUGCACUAUGAACAAACAGUCCACUCUAGACACGCAAGGAGCAUUGAUACUAAAACAUACCCAAUACUCACCAAUGAGUUCCCAGAGGAUGGGAAAACGAAUCUUGCACACCAAGCUACUUUCCAACACUUCACUGAACAAGACAGCAACAGACGCAAAGAGAAGAAACGCACUGGUAAAAAGCGCAAAGGUCACAGCAAAAAGCGCGGCAAAGCACCACUAUUGGACCCGACAAGCUCAUUAUCGGAUGAUGUUAAAGAACCUGUGCUGAAUGGUGAUGAUGCUAUGAACACCGUGAAUCCCAGUAAUGGUGUCUGCUCAAGACAUCCAAUGUUUGUUAACUUUAGUACAAUGAACUGGGAUAGGUACGUGAUUGCACCAUCAGGAGGAUUCGAGGCUUACUAUUGUGCAGGAUCUUGCAGCUUUCCUCUCUCAAAGACGUCCAACCCGUCAAACCAUGCCCAUAUCCAGAGCGUAAUGAGUGCAGUAACAUCUCAAGACAUACCACCACCGUGCUGUGUUCCACAGAGCAUGUCACCGCUCAGUAUCCUGUAUUUCAACGAAGAGAAUGACGUGGCUCUCAAGACGUAUCAGAAUAUGGUGGUCGAGUCGUGUGGUUGCCGUUGAGCUAAAAACAACAGAUGGAGAAUAAACUUACGUUGUCAAUUAUUAAAGCUAUAACAUUAUGUAUAUACAAAUGGUUAUUCCAACUUGAUUAUUGUAAAAGAGCAUAUUAUUACACUAAAAUUGUAUAACCUAAUUUUUGGAAUGUAGUGUUUAAAGGCACUUGGACACUAUUGGUAAUUACUCAUAAUAAUUG